UGCUUUGGACUCGGCGGAACAUGUUGGGCUGAAUGAAGGCAGAGCAGCGGUGCCUGCAGAGAGGACCUCCAGAGCUCCGUGGAUGCGCUCAGAUCAGUUUGAACACCGGAACCGGUUCUGAGAUCAGGAAUGAAGAAGCUGGGGUUCAGAGGAACCUCCGGCAUCGCGGGAUAAUGGACCUCAGGCACACGCGUGGAGUCCAUGCCGUGGACGGCGCUGUCGCUGCUGGACUUUUAGGCUGAAGGACCGACCUGGGGACGCUUUGGAGCAGAACUUUUGGAAAUAUGGGUUGGAGGGAAGCGCUACAUGUGUUGCUGCUGGUCCUGGCUGCAGGGUCGCUCUGCGGACUCCCCACAGAGUCCAGUCCUCAGAGCAGAGCCAAGGAAAGACGAGAUCAUUUGAAUCUGGAACAUCAUGAGGAACAAAACCUCCUGCAGAUUCUUCCUUCUCCGUCUUCUUCCACAUACAGACACCACUGGUCCCAGCACCGUCGCCAGAACCCCCUCCCACCGCCUGCGUCCCAGCUGGAGCCUGAAACCUUCGUCUUAGAUUUGAGCAACAUCCCCGAUUUGGCCAAUGCAGAUGUGGGCUCUCAGAAUCCCAACAUCCAGGUGACCAUUGAAGUGAUGGAGGACUCCCAGACGGAGACAGAGGUGGAGAUGGACCUUGCCAAGGAGAACCAGCGGAACGAUUGGUCCGUUUCAUCCCCUGAGUGGAUCAACAGUCACAGUAAGCUGUUCUGGCCUCUGUUCUGGGAGUAUCCAGAGCAGCUGGAGAAGAAGCUUGGACGAACCAGUUCUGAGGAACAGUCUGAGGUCUACAGCUACGAUCCGGGGGACCCUAUUCUGAGUGAAGAGGGUACAGACUUGGGGCGACGCUGGAACAAAGAUUGGGGAACAAAGGACAACUUUGAGUAUGAAGACUGGAGCAACUGGACUCCAUGCAGUGUGACCUGUGGGUCUGGAUCUCAGAAACGCACCCGACCCUGCGGCUAUGCGUGCACAGCGACUGAAUCACGCACGUGUGACCUGCAGAGCUGCCCCAAAGCUGUGAUCACAGCGGCGGAGGCAGAGUCUGUCCAGACUACCAACAGCACCGACCGCAGUGUGGACAGCUGUGAAAAGUGGUUGAGCUGCAAGAACGAGUUCCUCCAGAAGUACCUGCACCAGGUGCUCACCACGCUGCCCAGUUGCCCCUGCUCCUACCCUGCUGAGGUCAUCUACAGCGCCAUCAACAUCCAGGACUCCAAGCUCCGGAGGAACUACCGCUGGAGAGACGCCAGCGGACCCAAAGAGCGGCUGGACAUCUACAAACCUUCGGCCCGGUUCUGCAUCCGCUCCAUGCUGUCCUACGACAGCACUACGCUGGGAGCGCAGCACUGCUGUUACGACAGCCACAUGAGGCUGAUGACACGUGGCAAAGGAGCCGGAUCACCGAACCUGAUCAGCACAGAGUUCUCCCCAGAGUUGCAUUACAAGGUGGACAUCCUGCCCUGGAUCCUGUGCAAAGGAGACUGGAGCAGGUUUCAUUCGGUGAGGCCACCAAAUAAUGGGCUGGAGUGCAUGGAGAACCCUCCUGAAGCGGUGUUCCAGAUGGAGCUCAAAGAAGCCCAGGAAUACUGAAGACUGAUUCUGAGAGAACAUUAAGUACAGAGAACAAUCUGUGCUUGACAUGAGACUGUCUGACCUUAGCAGCUGUGUGUGUAUUUGUAUUUGUAUUUGAGUGAGAACCCAUUUGUCUCAUUUUACCAGCAAAGUGAGGAUUGUUUCUUGAUCAUCCCUUUUUGGGCUAGGGGUUAGGUUUAGGACUAAGGUGUGAAUUAGGCUUUGGGUUGUGUAUGUACUGGUAAGAUUAGGGUCAGGGUUGAAAAUGAAUGGAAGUCAAUAAAAGGUCCUCAGUAAGCAUGUAAAACAUG